AUGGCAGCUCCCGUGAUGACCGUCUCCGAGAGCAAGGACCUCCGAGGUCUGAACCUCAUCGCCGCCCACUCGCACAUCCGCGGCCUGGGUGUCGACGCCGACACGCUGGAGCCGAGGUCCAACUCGCAGGGCCUGGUCGGCCAGGAGAAGGCCCGGAAGGCCGCCGCCGUCAUUCUGGAGAUGAUCAAGGUCGGAAAGAUCGCUGGCCGCGCCGUCUUGAUCGCCGGUCCUCCCAGGUGA